AUGUCGACUAACCGUGUCUCAAAACAGCGGUCUAAAGCUUCGUCUGCUUCUUCCCUUCGCCGGGAUAACCUUCUUUCUGCGAUAAUCAACAAUCCGUCUUUGUCCUUUAUGAAGGCUUGCGCUCGCUGCACCCGUAUGGGACUUCCCCAAUGUGAAGCCUCCGUUUCCGAUUCGAGUCGUUGUGUGAAGUGUGUGGUGGACAAGCAAGGGAAUUGUGAUAUUGCGGGGGUGACCCCUCAACAGCUUCGCAGCAUCGCGGAUCAACAUUACAAGCUCGAGAGGGAGCUUGAAGAAGCUGAGGAGCGUGCCUUAGCCGAGAAUCAAAAGGUCUUGCGUUUGCGGAAACAAAAGAAUGUCGCUUACGCUCGCUACGCCCGUAUAGGACUUCCCUAA